CAAAGCGAAAAUUUUGCCGGUGAAAAUUGCUAGUCGAAUAGUUUAUAUAAUUCAACUGUCUUACUACAGUCAACUGUCUUACUACAGUUUUAAACAAACUUAUAGAGGAAAGUAAUUUAAAGUGAAAAAGGAUUCUUUAACAGUUGGAGACUUUUGAAAACCAGCAGGAUGUUGAAUUUUUUUAAAUAAAACACAUUUAAAUGUUAAAGAAGUUUUGUUGUAUUAUUCUUUCAUCUGAAUGUCAAUCAUGAUGGAAUCGACUCCUUCAACUUCAUCGGAAAGCAACGAAUCAAAUCAAAUGAGCAAACAAAUCCAGCCAGCUCUUGUUACGUUCGAUGAUGUGUCAAACGCUUAGUCAAGAAUCCGAGAUAGCGUUCCUCGAACUCUUUGUCAGAUAAACGUCUCAAGGCAGUAAUCCUAACCAAAAGAAUCCAACAUGUCAUAUAUGUACGUCGGCGACGAGUUUCGGCCAAUAAGAGUCACUGAUGAUGCAGGAAUAAGAACGCCCGUUGUUGAAGGGACGAGGCCGGCAGAUAGUGAAGAUUACUACUUCACUGUUGAGCAAAACAUGAACGAUGUUAAAUACAGUGAUGUUGCUGAUGUUGAUGUUUCUAAUCUUAAAGUACCACUGCCGCCGAGGCCGCCGCUGCCGCCUAUACUAAAGCCUUAUGCUACCAGAUCGACAGAAAGCUUAAAUGCAAACGGCGUGAAGAUGAAGAAAUCACCACCGUUGCAUAGACGCUUUGGGAUAACUUCCGUACCGCCGCCGCUGCCGCCGCUGCCGCCGACGCCGCCACCGCCUAUACUAAAGCCUUAUGCUACCAGAUCGACAGAAAGCUUAAAUGCAAAUGGCGUGAAAAUGACGAAACCACCACCGUUGCCUAGACCACUUGGGAAACCUAUCGGCUUAUGCAAACUGAGGCGACCUUCGGAGAACUCGAGAGCUGAUCAGUGCACCGUUGAACUCAAUCAAAACUCCAGCUCAAUGAGCGCUAUUACGAAACAGACUCGGAACAAACAGGUUGGAAAAAGUACUGACGAAUCAAGGGUAUUGAAAAACAGGCACACUGGCCAUGCAGUAGUCGACGUCCUAAGCGCUCGAAAGGCGGGCAAAGUUACAGAUAUUGUCUCCCAACCGCAAACAAGAAUGUUUGGAGAACCCGAAAGGUACAGUGAAAGAGAAUCCAAUGCACCCGAAAAAGACGAAACUGAUGGAGAAGAAACAGAUCUUCCUGACGGUUGGAAGGCAAUUCCAGACUUAAUGGCAACUUAUUGCUGGCAUAAGGUGACUGGCAGGCUUCAAUAUGAAAAACCUCAGUUAGAUCGUAUAAAUCGAAGAUCAAAGUCAUCUGUAUCAGAAUUGCAGUCGGAACUGUUGACAAACUGUGAACAGAAAGUCCUAGAAGACAACGGUUAUGACAAUCCUGAAAACAACGAUUCGAAAGAUCUUACAAUGGGAGUAGGUAUUGAAAGCGUUGAUGAAAAGAAAAGUGAAGACUUUAGUGGUUGUGGAAAUGCUAAAUUUAACGUGGCAGCCAUCAGCUCGAGCCCAUCAGAGUUACUAAAUGUUGAAUCUCUGCAGUCCUCACCAGAAAAACAGUCUUCGAAGUGGAAAUGCACUGACGAAUCAACAAAGCACAAAAAACUGUUGCUAAAGUUGAUAGAAUAUGACCGUAAUCCCAAUGUCAAGGUUGAAAAUGUGGCCGAUGUACGUGUAAUUUUCUCAGACGAGUUUUGCAUCGGCAAAGGAAAUAAUGAAACCCGUGUUUAUCUUGGACUGAGAAAGGAUGGUUUCGGCAAAGCAGUGAAACGAAUACGUCGAGAUAACUGCCUCAAUGAUGCACUGCAAGAAAAGAAAGUUUUAAAUGAAUUCAACGCAAAAAAGUCAAAAUAUGUUGUAAAUUAUUCCAACAUAGAAGAUGAAAUUGGAUCAGAAUAUGUGUAUUUGAUAUUAGACUUAUGUGAAGAAUCGCUUGAGAAUUUUGUGAAUUCUUCUUCUCAACCUGAUCUUCAAAAAGCUCUUCCUGAAAUUCUAAAGCAAAUUUUAAAAGGAUUGGCGGAUCUUCAUAGCAGUGUACAACCUAUUCUUCAUCGUGAUUUAAAGCCAUCCAAUGUUCUCCGAGACUUUCAAAGCGAAUUUCUCAUAGCUGACUUUGGUAUCAGUCGAAUAUUAAAGAAUGAUUCUAAGACAUAUAAAAGCAUGGGUAACAUGGGAACUGAGGAUUGGAUUGCUCCUGAAUCAUAUUGUGAAGAUAAAGAUUCAGUCGAUAAAGGACGAUACAAAAAAGAGUCUGAUGUAUAUAAUGCAGGAAUGGUGGCUUAUUAUGUUGCAACAAAAGGUGAACAUCCUUUUGGAAAUAAACGGCAUAGAUUGAACAACAUGUUGAAUGGAAACCCUGUUGGCUUGGGAAAAAUCAAGGAUGAGACAUUGAAAGAUCUUCUUUCGUGGAUGUUAAAUCUAAAACCUGAAGAUCGGCCAUCUGCCAUUCAAGCGUUAAAACACCCAUUUCUUAUGUCGGAUGACGACAAGUUUGACUUUUUAUGUAAAGUUGGAAACCAACAGCCAAUAAAGACAAGAGAUACCAAGUCAAGUGUAGUCAAACAAUUAAAUAGCAAGUAUUCAAAUUGGAAAAGUUUCAUAGACACUGACGUAUAUGAUUAUUUAAGAACAGACGAGGUAAAGAAAAAUGUUUAA